AUGUCGCUAGUUUUAAAAGUCGCGCUAAUAAUCAUUCCUAUGAUCGUGCGAUGUGUGAACGUGAAUACUUUGCACCGUUUCAAAGACGGCAAAGAGCUGAGCGACGCUUACGACGCAAACAUUACAACGCGCGUGGUGUUCAAUGAAUCAGUGUAUUCGAAACCGUUCAAUCGUCACAGUGAUUUCUUGUGGCGCUGUCUGGACAAGCUGAAGCGAUGGAAGAAGCGGAGAAGAAUAAAGGAAGUGAUCGCUCUCAUGAUGCGGGAGGGCCUUCAUAAUUUACGAUGGAAAAGGAGUUUCGACGAGCCGAACGAUACUCAUAUAUUUGAACUGUCUAAUAAGCUAAACAUUGCCACGAACAAUGUGAAGAGUUCCUCGUUAGUAGCGAGAUUCAAGGAAAGGUGGCCGGUGCAGUUGUGGAAACAAUACGGAUUAUUCAAUGAGGAAUAUCUGUUAAUAAUAAACCCACAUUGGCUGCAGUUCUCGCCACCUCCGCCCGUUAUCCACUACACUCUUGGCGGAAUCUACAUAAUUAUAUUGGCUGUUGGCUGCUCGGGAAAUAUGAUGGUGCUUUACAUGUAUUACAGAUGUCGCACACUGCGGACGCCGGGAAACAUCCUUGUCGCCAAUCUAGCUCUCAGUGAUUUCAUUAUGCUCGCUAAAACACCUAUUUUUAUUUUUAACUCAUUCAACCUCGGACCAGCAUUAGGAAAAACUGGUUGCGUGUUAUACGGAUUUCUGGGCGGCCUAACUGGGACAACAUCCAUAGCAACUCUAUCAGCAAUAGCAUUAGAUCGGUAUUGGGCAGUCGUGCGGCCAUUGGAACCUCUCAGAGCCUUGACUGCCAUCAGGGCACGACUCCUGGCAGUGGGAGCUUGGCUAUACGCUGUUAUAUUUUCCGCUAUCCCAGCCUUAGAUAUAGGAUACGGGCAGUAUGUCCCAGAAGGAUAUUUAACCAGUUGCAGUUUUGACUACCUCACGGAAGAGAUGGGGCCGCGUUACUUCAUAUUCACAUUUUUCUGCGCCGCCUGGCUGGUGCCGUUUUGUACAAUUUCCUAUUGUUACUCAAGCAUUCUCCAAGUUGUUAUGGGCAAAAGGAAUAUGUCAACGAAUAAUCAAGAACGGAGUCUUUCGUCAAGGCACGUGAAAGAACAGGCGAAACGCAAAGCAGAAAUUAAGCUUGCGUUUUUAGUAAUAGUUGUUAUAGCUUUGUUUUUUAUAUCGUGGACACCGUAUGCAAUUGUAGCCCUUCUCGGUAUAUUCGGCAAGAAAAACCUCAUUACACCGACAGCUUCAAUGAUACCAGCAUUAUUCUGCAAGACAGCCGCUUGUAUAAAUCCUUUUAUUUAUAUAAUUACACAUCCCAAAUUCCGCAAGGAGUUGCAGAAGAUGUUAUACAGAGAUAAAUCUAAACGUAUGAGUGGCACCUUGCGGACUACUGGCUAUUACACAGAAUCAAGCAGAGCACACAGGCCUAGCAAGGACUUAAGCGAUAUGGACGUUGAAAUUGUUGAAAUGAAGGACAUCCCCUUUCAAUCUGGCUUUAGCAGAAAAGCCAGUUCUAACUUGGAGACAAUAUCAUCAAGAGUGUCUGAACGCGAGGGCUCGCAGAGAAGCACGAGUUUAAACAGUUUCGAAGAAAGCGCGAUAAGUCCCCCGUCGUGGUAUACUAAGCCACAGUUCACAAAGAAAAGAAGCUUUCAGCGAAGAUCCUCAAAGAGAAUGAACAAUAUUGCACUUAGUAGUUUGAGAAAGGUAAAUGAAUUUCGAAAAAAAGAAAAAAUCAUUAAUCGACUCGAUCUGGUCACAGCAAAUAAUUCAAAGACAAAAUCUGCUAUCGAAAAAUAUGCUUACUCCGAAAACAUAAAUACACUAAAAUGGCCCUUACAAAAUUUACAUGUGGGAGAAUAUGAUAUCGGUUUAAUAGUAGCAUUCGGUCACAUGAUAACGGACAACAUUCUAAAAAAAUUCCCUUUAGGAAUGAUUAAUGUACAUCCAAGUUUACUACCCCGUUGGCGAGGUGCAGCUCCAAUUAUUUACACCUUAUUAUAUGGAGACCAAAUAACUGGGGUAUCACUCAUGAAAAUAAAAGCAGAUGUCUUUGAUGUUGGUGAAAUAAUAAGCCAAGAAAAAGUGUUGAUAUCAAAAGAUAUUAAAUUACCAGAAUUAACAGAACAGUUAUCAGAAAUUGGGGCAACAAUGCUUGUGGAAUGUUUGAGAAAUUUACCUCAGAGUAUAGAAUAUGCACAACCACAAAGUAACAAAGGAGUAACAUAUGGUAAUGUUAAUAGCAAAUCCAAACAUAUCAAAGAA